AAAAUAUUAAUUGAAUUCGCAAAGGCAACGGUAAGAAAUGGAGUGGGUACUAAUGUCAUUAAAUUUCUUUCGAGGGACAAUAAUGUAAAAGAGUACUAGUUACCGUUGAAACCCAUUUCGUUCAUAUAAAGUGGCUUUUGCUUAUACCUAUUUGAAAAGUGAUCGACAAAUAAAAAAAAUAUAGAGAAAGAAAGCAAGAGCGAAUUGUUAGAGAAAGAAGCAGUUAAUCCAGAAAUCAAAGAACGGAGUUAUUUGGCGUUCAUUUGAACAUUGACAACAUUAACAAAAAUGGCAGCAAGAACUGGUCGCUUGCUUCAAAACCAUAACCUCAAUGUCCAUGUUAAUGGAUCUGUUUCUGAGAAAGCAGAUUUACCUGGACAGAGGAAAGGUAGAGCUGGGGGAAGAAAACCACUUGGAGAUCUAUCCAAUGCUGGGAACCUCAUCAACCAAUUUGAUGGAAAGAAAGCCCUUGAUGGUUCAUUGAACAUUGGCAAACCCUCUGUUAAUCAGGCGCCCAAGUUGCAGAAGUCUAAGAAUCUUGAAACUGAAAAAAGAAUCACCAACAAAGCUUCUGGAAAAUCGCUUACUGGUAGCAGGAAAGCACUUUCUGACAUUUCAAACUCGGGGAAGCCGCAAGGUCCUGAGAUUAAAAAUAAACACACCCUGAAACCUAGUUUGCUGAUAGAGGAAUCUCUUCCUCCCAGUGCAAUUGCUGAAGAACGGAUCUUGCAUGAUCAUAAGAAAUGUAUAAAAUCACAGGUUGAAACUGCAGACGUGCAUCACUUUUUCAAGACUGUUGGACUUGAGUAUGAUGCAGAUGAUCACAUGGCAAUUUCCUUUGAGCUGCCGGCAAUAAGUAAACUGAAGUCUGAAAGUGCAUACUUGGAAUUGGAGGAGGUACCUGAGCGGUUGCCUGAAAUGCAGUCUCUAUCUGCUACGCAUGGUUCCCCAGCAAACUGCAAGACUCCAGGCUUAUCAAGUUACCGUACAAUGUGGAGUGACUCUACUGUCAACUUCAAGUUGAUUGAGACACCAAAAGUGUCCAAAAAUUGAUUUCUCUUGAAACAAUUUAGGACCUGAUAUGAGUAGGUUUUGCCGCAGAUGGUGUUGGCAAUUAUAGUAGUAUUUUUUGUUCAUCUUAGAUAUUUUGUGCCUCAGAUGUGUGAUUGUUGCGAAUUUUAGUAGACAUGUUCAUAUCCGUAAUUUUUUUUAAAGGUUUAAUGUGUUGGCAAUGAUAGUAGUAUUUUUUGUUCAUCUUAGAUAUGUUGUGCGUCAGAUGUGUGAUUGUUGCGAAUUUUAGUAGACAUGUUCAUAUCCAUAAUAUUUUGUAAAGGUUAAAUGUGCUCCCCAA